AUGGCUCGUACUAAGCAAACAGCUCGUAAGUCUACUGGUGGUAAGGCACCUCGUAAGCAAUUGGCCACCAAGGCUGCUCGUAAAUCUGCUCCUUCCACUGGUGGUGUCAAGAAGCCUCAUCGUUACAGACCCGGUACCGUUGCUCUUCGUGAAAUUCGUCGUUACCAAAAGUCUACCGAACUCUUAAUCCGUAAGCUUCCCUUCCAACGUCUCGUUCGUGAAAUUGCUCAAGAUUUCAAGACCGAUUUACGUUUCCAAUCUUCUGCCAUUGGUGCCCUUCAAGAAGCUUCUGAAGCCUACUUGGUCUCUCUCUUUGAAGAUACUAACUUGGCCGCUAUUCAUGCUAAGCGUGUCACCAUUCAACCCAAGGAUAUCCAAUUGGCUCGUCGUCUUCGUGGUGAACGUUCUUAAACUAAGAAAAAAAACCCUCUGCUUCUCACCUAAAUCUUUUUUAUUUUUUUAUAUAAAAAAAAAAGAAUUCAUCAGACAAUAAAGCGUAUUGAUUAUAAUAAUAAAAAAAGUCAUUUUGUUCUGUUUGCAG